UGCUAGGCAUCCAUAUCAUCUUUAGUGGAGCCAUAUAACAGUUGGUUUUAGUAUUUCCUUUUGUUGAUACAUUGGAUUUUCUCUUCCUCCAUCUUCUUAAUCUGCUUCUUUUGAUAUCAUACCUCGAUAGUUUUCUGCCAGUUUCAGAUACAAAAAUCAUUCAAUCUCAUUCUUUCGAUUUCAAGUGUAAAUCAAUCUGCUCUCUCUUUCGAACAUCGACAAAAUGCACUUCUCAAACUCUUUCCUUAUCGCUGGGCUCAUUGCCUUUGCAUCAGCAUCUCCAGCUCCAGCCCCAGCUCCAGAGCCAACAACACCGACUGCAGCGUAUGUCUUGACCUUUUUGCAUCCCUCAAUCCACUCCCUCCUCUCCCCCUCUCCCCAGCUCUUUCCGCAAAUCCUUGAUUUUCCUUUUCCCCUAUAGUAAAAUAGCCUUUGCUGUAUCGCAUGUCAGCUCCACUCAAACUAACAGUCUCUCCUCAAGCCAAACCUCAGCUGUAGUUAAUGAUCUUGAAUCUUACUUCGCCGCUCUGGCCACCCAACCAGCCAUGCUUUCGGUAGUUUCAAGUCUUGCCACCGAUACAGCCGCCCUCAACUCUCUCCAAGCUUUUCAAGAGUCCCUUCAAGCCGACGUAUUGAACGGCGAAACUCCGAAUACAUCGGCCUUGGCUGCUUUACCUUCUCCCCUUGCCAACGUUAUUUUAUCAGCCUACACCGUAGAAAUGAGCAUCUUCAGCAAAGAUGGUUUCGGCGAUUUAGUGGCAAGCGCAACUGCGAGUGAAGCUGCCACUGCGUCAGAUACUGGUGCGGCAAAGACUGCGACUGCAACUCAAAAGAGUUCAGCGAGUGGAAGUGGAACUGCAAGCGCAAGCUCAACUGAUCCUGCGACAGUAGAGAAGGGUGCUGCUGGUGCAUUAGGCGUUGAUAUGUUGAGUAUCUGUGGAGGAUUGGCGGUUGGUGUUGUAGGUGCUAUUAUGGCUUUGUAGGGAAGCAAGCACGUGGUGCUAUAUUCAUGACUCAUGCGAUCUAACACACUCCAAGGGCUUUUUUUUUUUAGCUUCUGGAGGCAGUAAUUUUUGUUAUUAAUGAUGUUUGUAAUGAUAGAGUUGAUGAUAA